AUGCGUCUCUCCUUGUUUGUCCUGCUAUUUGCCACUGUUGCGGCCGCUCUCCUCGCAAGUGGUAACGCUGCAACCUUGGCGUAUGACCGCACACCAGUGAUCUCCACGUCACAAGACCUGGUUGCUACCAACCAGAACGUUGGUGGUGAAAAACGCCUCUUGCGCUACCACGACAACAACAAGGAUCGUGCUCAGAACGGGAAGGAAAAUGCAGAUGAAGAAGAAAGAACGGGAAUCAACCUCUUCUCCACGAUGAAACUUGACGAGAUGUUGGAUGGGACAAAGUUUAUGAAUGGAUUCAAGAAAUGGAAGGCUGCCGAUUACACCACUUACAAUCUCCCCAAGCACGUGCUGGCCAGGGCGUCCGCUUCUGAUUUCCCAAAACAGUGA